CGGGGGGAAGUUUGAGGCGCCGAGUGGGUGAAGCCGGAGGGAGAGACACGGACACGGAGACGGAGACGGCUCGGCGGCUGUGGCGACCCUGGCGACCCUGGCGACCCGCUCUCGGCCGCAGCAUGAUCGUGGCGCCGGCAGCCGAGAGGAACAAGGAGCCCAUCCUGCGUGUGAUCCGGCGGCAUCUGAAGCCGGCAGAGCCCGCGCUCGCCCUGGAGCUGGCCUCGGGCUCCGGGCAGCACACGGUGCACUUCGCCCAGGCCUUGCCCGCCGUCGUGUGGCAGCCCUCAGAGCUGGAGCAACGCUCCCUGGAGAGUAUUUCUGCAUAUAUUGCAGCAACGCGAGUGGAGAACGUUAAACAGCCACUUAAUAUUGACUGCGCUCAGAGUUGGGAGACUUGGGGAGGAUUGCAACCAAACACCUUUGAUCUUAUUUUAAAUAUUAACAUGAUUCACAUCUCAGAGAUGAAGUGCACCAAGGGUCUCUUCAAAGGAGCCAGCCAAUUACUGAAACCAAACACCGUAUUGAUCACUUAUGGGCCCUAUGCAAUCAAUGGCACGAUUACUCCACAAAGCAACGUAGAUUUUGAUUUGAGCUUAAGGCAGAGAAAUCCAUUCUGGGGUUUGAGAGAUGUGAGCAUAUUACAGAAGCUUGCUGAAGAAAAUGGGAUGACAUUCAAGCAGAUGAUUGAUAUGCCAGCUAACAACAAAUGCCUGAUUUUUCAGAAACGGUCAAGUAUAUAGCAGAGUCAUCUCUUCUACAUUCCAUGCAACAACAGAGGAACAAAACAUUCAGCUUUAAUUAUUGUAAUAGUUCACUAAUGGAAUAAUUGAUGCUAAACCUCUAUUAAUUAGUUACUCUUGUGAACAAAACUAAUGGGAUGACUUAAGAAAAAAUAUUUAUUGGACAACUUGGUUUUAGUGGCCAGUAGCCAUUUUCCAAGCAUUGAAAGAAUGCUUUGGAAACAUGCCUAUCCAGUAGGAUUAAUUAUUUUUUAUGAGGGGAUGGAUUGUGGUUGACAAGUUUUAUGGUCUUUACAAUAACUGCUUGGAUGCAACACCACCUCCUUUCACUAUUUUACUGUUUAGGGUAUAAAAUGAGUGCCUUGAUGCAAUGCAAACAAAAGAUGUUUCUCCCAAACAUGUUCCAUAUAAGUAACUUUUUAGAAGGGGAUUGCUAUCAUUACAAACAUUAUCCAGUUACUAUUGGCUUGGAGUGAAGUGUUUUGAUUGGUUUUGUUUUUGUACUUGAUGUAGCUUACACUUACAGGGAUUGUAACCAAAUGAAUUCCAAGUUGUGCAAAUGGAUGUAAAGUUUGAAGCAAACACUUUAAUUUGUGAUUUAUUGUGACCUCGUGUACAGUAUAUGAUAUAAUCACCACUAGAGAUUAAGAAAAUGUUUUUUAUUAAGUAGGAACAAUCAAUGGGUUAACAGAAAACCUAAUGGAACCAUGAUAGACACAAAAUGCUGGAGUAACUCAGCGGGAUAGGCAGUAUCUCUGGAGAGAAGGAAUGCGAGAUGUUUUGGGUCAUGAUCCUUCUUCAGACAGUGUUGGGAGAGGGAGAUUAGAGAUAUGGAUGGGUAAGGAGUGAAAACAAUAGCUCAAAGCAGACAAUGUUCAAGGAAAUAUAGAAUGGUUCAUUGUUGUCAUAGGAAGGUGGCAACGAGGCAGACAAUCAGUAAAGUUAAUCGUGAGAACUGUGAAACUUGUCGGAGAAUGAGGGACGGGGAGAGAGGGAAAGCAAGGGUUACUAGAGGUUGAGAAAUCAGAAUCAUACCACUGGGUUGUAAGCUGCCCAAGCAAAAUAUGAGGUGCUGUUCCUCCAAUUCAUGGUGGGCCUCACUCUGACAAUGGACGAGGCCCAGGGCAGAAAGGUCAGUGUGGGAAGGGGAGUUAAAGUGUUUAGCAACCGGGAGAUUGUGUAGGCCUAGGUGGACUGAGCAGAGGUGUUCAGCAAAAUGAACACCGAGCCUGCACUUGGUCUCGCCUAUAGAACCAUGCACUGAUUAGGAAAGAUUUAUUUAAAACUUAUCAUACUGUUCCUGCUACUCACCUGGCAAACUAGAGUUUAAAUUGAUGCAAAAUAAUACCACAAAGUACAUUUAAAUCAGUUGGUUUCCACAUUGUUUCAAUCAGCAGAGUAAGAAUAGCUUUCCUAAUUCCUGCACUUGUGCUUUAUCGGUGAAUGAUCUGAGGUUGAGAUUUGGAUGAAGCAUAAUGUUAGGAGAAUAAUUGUUAUCAUCAUCUGGUUACUAGAGGCUUGGAAUGGACUGUUCUGACUCAAUUGUUACUGAACUUGAUGUUGCUUGAGUAAAUGGAGUUUUGCAUUAUGUUUGGCUCUGCUAAAGUUGCCAGUUUUAUCCUGACACUGGGGAUAGAAAAUGUUCCUCCCUACAAUUCUAAUACUUAUUUUCUGAACCAGAAAGAAAGUGAUCAAUUGACCUCAGAAACAGUUAUUCCCAUAUCCAUGCGAGUUGCUGCAAGGCAUCUUGAUAGAUUUAUGGGAUCCAACUAAUACAAGGCGUUUUCUGGAAGACAGUAAAUCAGGAAGUAAAAAGCUCUCUAUCACGAGUAAAAUAAAGAUUGAAACAAUCAUAAAUUAAUAAAGUUUUUGUGAAUGAUAUUUUAACUAACGAAAUUGAAUGGAUUUUAAUUUCCUUAAAUUUAUUUCAUUAGUUUCUAUAGUAUUUGCACUGGUUGUACAGUUUAAAAACUAGAGUAUUAGUGGAUGUUAUACUGCAAAUGAUGUGCUUAAAAUAAAGGUUUGGGUCAAAUCUU